GUAACAUUAUGUUGAAAAAAAAUAUAAAGUUGUGUGGUUACCAACGUGGAGGAUGGAGCCCUGGUUCAAAACAUGAAAAGCAUAUGACCUUGAAUCCUACAUUAUUUUUGUACCGAUUUCCAGGUUCACAUGGUCCAGGGCCAUAUACAAUGAAAUAUUGGUGGACUUUAGGGUGCUUUCCAACCGGCUUAGAUGCGCCUUUUCGACUAAAAGAGUUUUUAGCAACUUAUAAACAACAACACGUUCCUAUUGAAGUUGAAGAAUGGCUGGAUUGCUUUCUUAAUGAUCCACUUCAAGAACUGACUGCAGCUAUUGAGGAACUUCUAGAUUUACUGGAAAACUGCACAACUGCUGAACAAACGAAGGGAUACGUAGCGUAUGAACCUUCCAUUCUACACCUUUCAAAUGCACUUGUGAAAAUCAAGAGUCAACUUGGAGUACGAAUACCACCUAUCGGUAUCAGAGCAGCAUUAGCACACAAAUUAUCUCAUUCAAAGCUUAUAGAUGAUCUUUACGAUUACAAAGAAGCAAUAAUGAUUAAUGGAAGUACACCACAUCGUCGGUUUGCCAGGAAGUCAUUUGAGGAGACUGAUUCAAUGGAGCAUCAAAUUCUACCAGAUAAGGUCAACACGAUAUCAAAUGAAGUUGGCUCAGUGGUAGGUAAUUUUGUUUCAAUACCUGAAAAGACUGCUGACGAUGAGUUAAAGUUAAUUCGACUUCUCACUACCUUUGCAGAGGGUUGUGCACUUAGGAACGAGUUUGAUGAUUCAUUUCUUUUGCUGAUUGAUUCGCUUCCAUUUGCACAUGAUGAUAUUAGCAGAUCUGUAGUCCACUGCAAUGUUUCUAAGGCUGCCCUACUUGACGGUAAAUUUAAAGAAGCUGAAUUUCAUGGUAGGGAGGCUGCAUUGUUGCUAUCCAACACCAAAAGAACAGAUUCUUCCGCACCCAAUGCAUAUCGCCUCUGGGCCACAGCCGUUGCAUAUCAGGAUAAUUUUAGUCACUCGUUAAAUAUUAUUAAUGAUGCACUGACUUUGCAUCCUGACAACCAUGAACUAGAGAGCCUACGGCAGCAGGUGAUAUUUCUAAACGAAUCUUAUGGGAAGAUGAAUCCUCGAUUAAUGGGUAAACGACAUCAUUUUAAGUCACAACAGGAUCGUGCUCUAAUCGAGGGUUCUGGAAGAGUAUUUGACAAUGAAUUUGAUCUGGUAAAAUUUGGGACUAAAUUAUAUCCAGCCAAAAUGAAUCCUUCUACAAACGAGAUGGGAUCUGUAUUCAGACGUGUUGGGGACUUAGGUGGCUUUAUCUCAACUUCACGCUCAACUGAACUGCUCUAGCAAGCUGAAGUAACUAUUCUUGAAACGGGUAAUACCCGUAGUUUCUAAA